UAAACCUGUGUCUCUCCUCAUUAUCUAUACACUUCUCAAUAAUUAUUGUCACCUAAAAACCGAGUUCUAUUCUCUUAUUGUUUAUCCAUCAUGGGAAAGGUUCCUGCGACGGAGGCGUUCGGAUUGGCCGCGAAAGACGAAUCCGGAGUUCUCUCGUCUUUCCGUUUCUCAAGAAGGGAGACAGGAGAGAAGGAUGUGAGGUUAAAAGUGUUGUUCUGUGGAAUUUGCCACACUGAUGUAUGUAUGGCCAGAAACGAGUGGGGAUUUACUACUUACCCUCUCGUCCCCGGGCAUGAGAUUGUUGGCGUGGUGACUGAAGUCGGAGCUAAAGUGAUUAAAUUCAAAGCCGGAGACAAAGUCGGAGUUGGUUAUAUGCUCAGCUCGUGCCGGUCAUGUGACAUCUGCACCGAUGACCAAGAGAACCACUGUCCAAAAAUGAUCAUGACGUCCGGAGGAAAGUACUACGAUGACACCAUGACUUAUGGUGGUUACUCUGACCACCUGGUUUGUGAAGAGGAUUACAUCAUCCGUAUUCCUGAAAAUCUCCCGUUAGACGCUGCCGCGCCGCUACUCUGCGCUGGGGUCACGGUUUAUUCACCGUUGAAGUCUCACGGACUCGACAAGCCCGGAAUCCACAUUGGUGUGGUGGGACUAGGCGGUUUAGGUCACGUAGCAGUGAAAUUUGCCAAGGCUAUGGGUACUAAGGUUACGGUUAUUAGUUCGUCAGAUGGUAAGAGAGACGAGGCGAUUAAUCGGCUUGGUGCGGAUCUGUUCUUGGUGAGCCGUGACCCGGAAGAGAUGAAGGAUGCAAUGGGGACUAUGGAUGGUAUUAUUGAUACAGUAUCUGCCACUCAUCCGCUUCUUCCGCUUCUUGGUUUGCUAAAAUAUAAGGGAAAAUUUAUUAUGGUUGGUGCACCCGAUAAACCACUUGACCUUCCAGCUUUACCGCUCAUCUUAGGGAAGAAGAUGGUGGUGGGAAGUAUGACAGGAGGGAUAAAAGAGUCUCAAGAGAUGGUUGAUUUUGCCGGUAAACACAACAUAACUGCAGAUAUUGAGCUUAUCUCUGCGGAUUAUGUCAACAUGGCUAUGGAACGGCUAGAAAAGGGGGAUGUUAGAUACCGUUUUGUGAUUGAUGUUGCCAACACAAUGAAGCCUACUCCUUAGUUACAAAGCUUAAAAACUUAAUUAAUUUCCUGAAAACGUCUUUUUCUUGUUUAUUUUGUCGGAAUAAGUUCCGAGUUGUUUGUUGAAGGCUUAGUCUGUAUCACUACUGUAUUUUUCAACUGAAUCAACUUGAAUA